CUAUUACACCCAAACUCAUCCCACCUACAAUCACAAAGUCUUCUUCAGCAACCAUUCUCAAUUUCUAAAUUUCAAUGGCAGCAACAAAGAGCCACCGCUACCUCGGCGGGCUCUCCAUGUCGGAGUUCGCCGAUCAAUUCGAAUUCGACGAAGCCGACGUCUGGAGCGACAGCAACAGCGAUCAAAGGGAGAGCAGAAAAUCAAUUACUUCCAACCCGCGCCCCUUUAAAAAGCCUCUGCCGAAAGCCGCGGCGGAACGGUCCCCGAUCGGAGCGAAAUCCCUCCCGGUGAACAUUCCUGACUGGUCGAAGAUCCUGAGGGGAGAGUACAGGGCACGCGCCGGUGAAUGUACGGAGGAGGACGACGGAAAUUACCAAAUGCCCCCUCACGAGUAUUUGGCGCGGACGAGAGCUGCGUCGCUGUCAGUUCACGAAGGGAUCGGGCGGACUCUCAAGGGAAGGGAUUUGAGCAGGGUCAGGAAUGCCAUUUGGAAACAGACCGGCUUCGAAGAUUAGCAGCGAUUCUCUGAGUUCUGUUUUUUUUUUGUUAGCUUUGAUUUCAGAGGAUUACUACUAGUCGUUAAUCUCUUGUUACGUUAGGGAGGGGGGAAUUGAAGAUUACCUUUUGGAUUUAGGUAAAUGGCGACCUUUUUUGUGCCAUUAAUUCUUCAUUUAGGGGUUCAAAUUUCUUGCUUAGUGUUUUCUCUUUAUGUGUAAUGUAAAAUGUUUAUGGGAAUAAACUUGUCAGUCUUGCUAA